AUGGCAAGUUGCGACGCACCACACGCACCUGGUAUUUACCUGAACUUUGCAAGGAUGGCUGAUGGUGCUCCUCACGAGAUGGCUCGGUCGCCAAGCAAUGCCGAGAUUGACACCUCGGCUCCCUUCCAGAAUGUCAAGGCUGCAAGGAGCAUGUUUGAGAAUCCAGGGGAGAAGGGCAAGAUACCAAUGCCCUCGGCAGCCAGGAGCGGGUCAAACAAGUCAGGGGACUGGCUGACAAAGCAGCAAGGUUUUGUGUCCCCCCGAAGCCGAGGCAACUCCUUUGAAAAGCCACGGGCCGCCACUGUUGGAAGUCCUGACACGGCAACUUCAGAGUUUCGUUCCUAUCUGAGCCCUUCCGCAAGCCUGAAGGGCGAGAAGCUGGAAGCCGACCUGAAGGUGGCCCAGGUGCAGCUGGAGGACGCGCAGAAGCGUGCGGCAGCCCUGCUGGAGUCUGGCGUUGAGGGGGAGGCGAAGCGCGUUGUGCUGGAGAAGGCAUUGGCAGAGGCCCAGGAGGCGCUCCAGCAGCUUGAGCAGAAGCUUGCCCAAGAGCAAGCGAGCCACAAGCAGGCGGUGGAGAGUGCAGAGGCUGAGCUCAAGAAGCUGCAGACGGCCCUGGCAAAGAGCGAGGCUGAUCAUAGGGACAAGAUCAACCAGGUGGAAGCGGCCCUGACAGCGAUGCAGACCACGAACGAUGCCCACAGCGCCACGCAAGACCAGCUCGCUGCCACCAACGCCGACCUCGCUGCCGCCAGAACCGAGUUGGCUACCGCCAAGGCCCGUGCUGAGGAAGCUCUCACGCAAACCAAGAAGCACGAGGAGGCUUCAAGAGCCUCGGAGGCCGCGUUGGCAGUUGCAGAGAAGAAGGCAGCGGACGCGCUGGCGAGCGCACACGUGGCGCGGCAAGCAGAGGAGCAAGUGAAGAAGGAGGUGGCAGCGGCGCUGUCAGAAGUGGAGCUCGCGAAAAAGGCGAACGCGACGUUGGAAAGCAGGCUGGAUGCCGCCUCCAAGGAGCUGGAACUCGCAAAGCACGCAGAGGAGCUUGCCAGAAGACGUGCGGCGGAGGAGCAGGCUGCGCGGGAAAAGGAGAAAGUAGAAUCCACAACGGCACCCGUCUUGGAGACGAAGUCGUCGAUGUCCGCCGCAUACGAGGACGAGCUGAGCAGAUUCCAGGGCCGGUUGGCGGAGGCGGAGGAGCUCGCGGACAAGCGGGUUGCAGCCGUGACGGCGCAGUUGGAUGCGGCCAAACGGGCAGACGAAGAGACCAAGGCUAAGGUGGAGGCACUUUCGGCCGAGAUCGCAGCCGCAAAAUCUGCUGAGAGCAGUACAAAACAGAAGUUGGAGGCCGUACUGGUGGAAGCAGAGCAAGCAAAGAAAGCGCUGCAAGCGGAGAGCGACAAGGCUCACGAUGCUGGAGUCACCGGAGCCAUUGCGCAUGCCAAAGGAGAGGAGGCGCUCCAGAAGCUUGCGGCAGUUCAAAAAGAAAGAGACGGUUUAAAAGCCGAGUUGAUCGAGUUGAAAAGAAGAAGCGUUGCAGCUCCGACCACGAGCAGUGCGCAGAACGGCGGUCAGCCGGCCCAAAAAGGAUCACAAAGUUCUGGGGACAGGAGUGGCCAGGUUACCGUGGCUUCCGAGAUUUCAGAGGAAGUUGCGCACAGUUCGAAACCUUCGGCUAAGCCGGACUUGCAGCAAGAAGCGCCUGACAAGAAGUCCCAACCAGCAUGCUGUAUUGUGAUGUAGGACCGUUUCGCUGGAUUAUUGAGGAGGUCUGUCCUCGAACGCUAUCAUGUUACGUACGAGACGAAAACCAGUUGCGUUGCCUUCGUUGGGGAAUCGGGGUUCUCGACAGCCCACGUUCCACUUUAUCACUGAAAUUGUACAGCAGGUUGGCUUGCUACUCACAUGUGGCCUGUCGUUAUGCAACGAGGGCCGCAGAUUUACUAUGACGAGCGAACUUUGAUGACAGCUCCAACAUGCAGCUUGCUGGAGCUAGCCUGCA